AUGCUCCUGAUCUCGCUUCUUCUACUUCUCUUCGCCGCUUCCGAGGCCAAAUCGAGAUGGCCGGACCCGCCUGUUUUCGCCUCGCCAGUCACUUAUCCGAGCAUUUGUUAUCUGCCUCCAGGUACUGUCUUGUGAUCAGACAAAGAUCAGAAUGAGACCUGAUCUCGGGAAGGCUCUCUGGGCGAAGGGAUUCUAUUCGACUCUAAGUGUACACGAAAUUAUAAGACUGAUAAGUCCGACUAGAAAUUUCAACGUUUUUGCAGAUUCGGCCCUAUGCGACACCUCUGCCAACUCGUCCGAAAUGGACCUUCUCACCAGAUACUACUUCGACGUGGCAACCCAGGAGUGUUAUCCUUUCGGAGUUCAAAAGUGCGGCGGAAACCAAAAUCAAUUCAACAAUCGUUUGGAGUGUCAGGAAUUCUGCAAAACUUCUGAAACCUCCUAA